CUGUUGGCCAUUAAAUUUAAACAAACCGUCAACCCGACCGUUUGACAGCCGGCACGUGCUCGUUUGUUUGGGGUUUUUGUUGGAGCUCGGAAAAUCCACGAAACCGCCGGUUCCAAUAUUAAGUUUCGUGUUUUACAUCUGACCCCAACUUUGUUAGCGGAAUAUUGAUCGUCGCAUACACUAACCAAGAUGCUCUGCCCGGAGCUGUGGCGCUUUCCACAACCAACCUACAGCAGAACAACGCUAACGUGUUCCAGCUGGACCAAGGGUAAAGCAUCGGAUAAAGUUCGUCGGGAAAUAAGGGCUCGACAGUUCAACAGGACGGUAUCGAUCGUGCUUCCCGUUUGCCAACAAUCCGCGGUGGAUGAGUUGGAUCGUGAACUCAGAGCUGCUACUCGGGCCGGUUCCUACUGUUGUUUGGUCCGGCAGUGUCCACUGGUGGAACUACUGAGACAAGAGUUUCUCGAAGCAUUCGUUCGCCGUGGCCGUAUAUUUGCGAUCUCUGCCGUUGGUAGCCUUGAAACGGACGAUUGUGUUGCUCUCACACCCGAUGGUAUUUUGCUACUUAAUUUGCACCAAGAAACGUUCCAGAGGCUCGGCAUUUCCGAUAGUCUCGUGACGCAUCGAAAGGACAAAUAUGUGGUGAAACUAGACCUAAUGUCAACCUCCCCGGAGACAUCCGGGGGUGGGCCACGCAUAGAACGUGUGAGAGAACGCUUCGUGACCGAAUCACUGGCCUGCGAUUUGCUGAUCCGGUGGCUUCCGCCAAACGAUUGUUCAACGAUGCUUGGGGUGGCUCCUGAGCUUACCAUAAGUCCAGCAUCGCUCGAACGAUAUCUAACGGUAGCAAGAGGGCUGACCGUCGUGCAAGUUCCGGCCAUUAGCUACAAACGGCGCGAGCUUAGUGAUGAAGCGAUACCGCUGUUAAGCCGAGAUAAGGAUGGCGAAUGGUGUACCCAUGAUGAGCUGCUUGAGUACUUCGGUAUGCUCGUACUCGACUGUGAUACCGUCGAAGAAGAGUAUCUGAACGAGUAUACGCUCGAUGGGAACCGGAUCGAGAAUGAUGCUGCGACAGGUAACUGGCACAUACAGAUCAACGGAAUGCUGAGCCCGAUGGAAGUGGAAUCUCUUGCUGAUACACUUGCGAGGUUCGUUAUAAACAGAAGCAAUCAUGCGCCUCCUGAAUCUGGUUUGCUUUGGGUUGGCCUACAUGUACAGUGUCACUCGAAUGUCCCUGCAAGUAGAGGUGAUCAAGGAGAGAAAGGAAUGGGAUGGAACAGUGAAAACGCUUACACUAUCAUCAUCGGAAGCGAUGGAGCGGUAAUCUGCAAUCUGAUAGUAGGCAUCAGUGGGAAAGGAUCCACAAAAAACGAGUUUCAAUAAACGAAACGAAGAACAAGGUAGACAGCAUUUUAUUUCGAUCCGUAGG